GCUGGGCGCGGACCGGGCGGGGCCGGGAGGCUCCGCUGUGCGCUGAGGCUGAGGCGGCGGCGGCGGCCCCGAGUAGCGGUCUUGGCGUGUCCCACCUCCUUUUGCCUCCUCACACGGUUUUCCUACGCCUUUUCGGGCCCAGAGGGCUUAACCCCUGGCAAUGGACUCCCAGAAAGAAGCUCUACAAAGGAUCAUUUCAACUCUGGCAAAUAAAAAUGAUGAAAUUCAGAACUUUAUUGAUACACUAAAUCAAACACUGAAAGGAGUUCAGGAAAAUUCUACUAACAUACUUUCAGAGUUAGAUGAAGAAUUUGAUAGUUUAUACUCUAUAUUGGAUGAAGUGAAAGAAAGUAUGAUUAAUAGUAUCAAGCAGGAACAAGUUCGUAAAUCACAAGAAUUACAGAGUCAGCUUAGUCAAUGUAAUAGUGCCCUGGAGAACUCUGAAGAGCUACUAGAAUUUGCAACACGGUCAUUAGCUAUAAAGGAAGCUGAAGAAUUUUCAAAGGCUGCCAGACAGAUCAAGGAUAGAGUAACAAUGGCUUCAGCCUUCCGCCUUUCUUUGAAGCCAAAGGUCAGUGACAACAUGACUCAUUUAAUGGUGGAUUUUUCUCAGGAAAGACAGAUGUUGCAAACUUUGAAGUUUUUGCCAGUCCCCAAAGCUCCAGAGAUAGAUCCAGUAGACUGUUUGGUGGCUGACAACUCUGUAACAGUAGCUUGGAGAAUGCCAGAAGAAGAUAACAAGAUUGACCAUUUCAUAUUGGAAUAUAGGAAAACCAAUUUUGAUGGACUUCCACGUGUAAAGGAUGAGCGAUGCUGGGAAAUAAUUGAUAAUAUUAAGGGUACUGAAUAUACACUAUCAGGCUUAAGGUUUGAUUCAAAGUAUAUGAAUUUCAGAGUGCGAGCUUGUAACAAAGCUGUGGCUGGAGAGUAUUCUGACCCAGUGACUCUAGAGACCAAAGCACUUAACUUCAGUUUGGAUAACUCAUCAUCCCAUUUAAACCUGAAAGUUGAGGAUACCUGUGUAGAGUGGGAUCCUACUGGAGGAAAAGGUCAAGAAACUAAAAUUAAAGGAAAAGAGAACAAGGGCAGUGCCCAUGUUACUUCACUGAAGAAACAUACAAGAAGUGGUACACCAUCCCCCAAACGGACAUCUGUAGGCUCCAGGCCACCAGCAGUAAGAGGCAGCAGAGAUCGUUUUACUGGGGAAUCAUACACAGUGCUGGGAGACACUGCUAUUGAAAGUGGACAACAUUAUUGGGAGGUCAAGGCCCAGAAGGACUGUAAAUCCUACAGUGUGGGAGUAGCAUACAAGACUUUGGGGAAGUUUGACCAGUUAGGAAAGACAAACACUAGUUGGUGUAUUCAUGUCAACAACUGGCUGCAAAACACGUUUGUAGCAAAGCAUAAUAAUAAAGUCAAAGCCUUGGAUGUUCCUGUUCCUGAGAGAAUAGGUGUGUUCUGUGAUUUUGAUGGGGGUCAACUUUCUUUCUAUGAUGCAAACUCAAAACAGUUGUUGUAUUCCUUUAAGACAAAAUUUGCUCAGCCAGUGUUACCGGGUUUCAUGGUUUGGUGUGGUGGACUUUCUUUGAGUACUGGGAUGCAGGUUCCAAGUGCUGUGAGAACACUUCAGAAAAGUGAAAAUGGAAUGACUGGCUCAGCUAGCAGCCUAAACAUUGUGACUCAGUAAUGCCUGCCGAGAAUAUGUUUGACACCCGCUCUCCCCUUUGAUUGGGUGGCCGAAUCAUAGAAACUCAAAGAGUGGGGGAAAUGAGAUUUGCUACAUUCUGCUUUAAGGCCUGGAAUCUCUUAGUAUUAAGCAUCUAGUAUGAAAUAUUCACAGGAACCUCACUGCACCUAUCAUAGAAGCAAGCAGAGAUCGAGCAAGAAACUGGUAUUUUGAAGAGCAAAUGGGGAAAAAAG